CUGAUCUCAAAACACAACGAAAAUGACUUCUCCUAAUUCCAUCUUGGUAACUGCCCUUCUACUUUUACUCAGCUUUCAACUACUUUACACCAUCUCUGAAGCUAUUGUUCCUUCUGCAGACACCUUCAGUUAUGUAAACGAAGGUGAUUUUGGAGAAUAUAUCGUCGAGUACGAUGCAGAUUAUCGUACUCUCCCCCCUUUUAGUAACCCAUUCCAGCUUUGUUUCUACAACACCACCCCUAACACAUUCACUCUCGCUCUACGUAUGGGUACUGUCCGAUCGGAGUCGCUCAUGCGUUGGGUUUGGGAAGCUAACCGGGGGAACCCAGUUGGUGAGAACGCCACCCUCACCUUCGGUACAGAUGGAAACCUUGUCCUGGCGGAUUCCGAUGGCCGGAUUGCCUGGCAAACAAAUACCGCCAACAAGGGUGUGGUCGGUUUGCAGGUGCUCCCCACCGGUAACAUGGUUCUUCAUGAUGGUACUGGCACUUUCAUAUGGCAAAGCUUCGAUUCCCCAACUGAUACUCUCUUGGUGGGUCAAUCACUCCGAGCUGGUGGUGCCAGUAAUCUGGUGAGCCGGGCUUCCGCCGAGAACAACAUUGAUGGACCAUAUAGCUUGGUGAUGGAGCCUAAGCGGUUAGCCUUGUAUUACAAGAGCGCUAACUCGCCUUACCCAAUGCUAUAUUGGACGUCUGUGGAGUGGUUCACUGUUGAUGUCGGUAGUGUGACCAAUGGUAGUUUGAUCAAUUUAACUCUGACGUCGGUUCCAGAUACCGAUGAGGGUUUUCUCUAUUACUUGACUUUUGAUUAUUACAUCACAAAUCCACUUUCCGGUUGGAAUCGCAACAUGGCCUUUUCACGAUACAACAACACCUUAUCGUAUCUGCGACUAGGGAUAGAUGGCAACCUUAAAUUCUACACGUAUAAUCCGAACGUGCAAGGUGUGUCCUGGGAACUGGUCUACACGUUUCUCGACCGGAACUCCAUAGAAGGUGAGUGCCAAUUGCCGGAACGAUGUGAAAAGUUUGGGCUAUGUGAGGAUAACCAGUGUGUGGCAUGCCCAACACCAUUUGGACUAAGUGGGUGGAGCAAAGAUUGUGAGGCUAGCAAGGUGACGUCUUGUCAAGCAAGUGACUUUGGCUACUUCAAGCUUGAUGGGGUUGACCAUUUUAUGACCAAGUACACAACGGGAGAUUGGGUAUCGAAUCAAUGGGACUGCGAGAGCAAAUGCACCAAGGACUGCAAUUGCAUGGGGUAUUUCUACCACACCGCUGAUUCCAGGUGCUGGAUUGCAUAUGAUUUGAAGACAUUAACAAGGGUUGGAAACUCGACUCAUUUCGCGUAUAUCAAAGCACCUUACAACUUAUCCCUAAAUGGAAUUCGUCUUUGAAUCUACAUGAACAGCUUUUGAUUUGUUUCACCGUUUUAAUUCUAUGUUCAAGUUAUAACGUGAAUAAAUAAUAUGUAUGAAUGAUCGUAAAGGCCUAGACACCCCUCUGUGGGCAUAGAUAGGUAUUUCCCUGUAACCAUCAGCCAAAUCCAUAUGAAAUUACUUUCUCGCAUUGGGAUAA